GGCCUGGUGCAUUAACCUUCAGGUAGAGUGGAGACUUGUGAUUUAACAGCCGCCCCUUCAAAUGGGUACAUUUGAAUUCAAUAAAUCAAAAAGUCAGUCUUUGGAGUCUAACUCAGCUGUUGAGAGUAUGACCAGUCGGGCCACUGGUCUAACUAAUAGUGGCUUUUAGGUGUGGCCUGGUGCAUUAAGCUUCAGGCAGAGUGGAGACUUGUGAUUUAACACCAAUAGAACACCAUUGUUGCUGAUGUUGUGUUUCAGGGAGAGGCCCAAAUGAUGAAGGAUGGGAAGCUGUUCCGAGUGAUUCAAGAAAACUGCUGGGAUGCAAACGCACGCAUAAGUGACAUGGAUCAACAUGGUGUCACAGUUCAAGCCCUUUCUACAGUGCCUGUAAUGUUUAGUUACUGGGCCAAACCUCAUGACACUCUGGAUCUCUGUGUCCUCUUAAAUGAUGAUUUGGCCCAGACAGUGCGCAGCAACCCCAAGAGGUUUGUGGGCCUGGGCACUCUGCCUAUGCAAGCCCCUGACCUUGCCGUGCUGGAGAUGACCCGCUGCGUGAAGGAGCUGGGCUUCCCUGGGGUGCAGAUAGGCUCACAUAUCAACAACUGGGACCUCAACGCAACUGAACUUUAUCCUUUCUUUGCUGCUGCUGAGGAACUGGGCUGCUCCAUAUUUGUGCACCCCUGGGACAUGCAGACAGAUGGGAGGAUGGCUAAGUAUUGGCUGCCCUGGCUGGUAGGCAUGCCGUCAGAGACAACCAUGGCCAUUUGUUCGAUGAUAUUUGGAGGUGUCUUUGAGAGAUUCCCCAAACUGAAAGUCUGCUUUGCACAUGGAGGUGGCUCUUUUCCAUUUACCAUUGGCAGAAUUGAACAUGGGCACACGGUCCGCCCUGACCUGUGUGCAGUCCACAACAAGAUUUCUCCCAGGAAGUACCUCGGCUCUUUUUACACAGACUCCCUCGUUCAUGAUCCCAUCGCCCUGAAGCUACUCAUUGAUGUUAUUGGAAAAGAUAAAGUGAUGCUGGGAACAGACUAUCCAUUCCCUCUGGGUGAGCUGCAGCCUGGAUCACUGAUUGAGUCGAUGGAUGAAUUUGAUGACAAAUUAAAGGAUAACUUGCUUGUUGGAAACGCGCUGGAGUUUUUGGGCCUAAAACGAGAGCAAUUCCAGUAACAUGAAACUCAUACAACUGCUACAUAAUCAAUGAAUCAACGUGAUUCAUAACUGAUUUAAGAAAAUGUUGAAUUUGCUUGAAUAGUAGCUAGAACUACGAGGAUAAUAAAAGUUUACCCGCA